AUACCAACUCCCCUCUGCUAAUUUUGAAUCAUGGACAUGGAUUUCGGACCCAAAAUUGUUUCCGGCGUUUCUCCUCCACCGUCAAAUUCCAGUGACAAGCACUCUCCGGUGCCUCUCAUUAUCGUCGGUAUUGAAUCACCAAGACCAGAUCCACGAUGGCCAAGUAAAUUUCGAUGGUCGGAAAAAUCUGAUCCUCCAUCCACGACGGUGGUGAAGACGCAACUCGUCGCUGCUUCCGACGCAUCUCCAUCACCGGCUAGCUUCGUUGAGCCUCCUACUCUGUCUGAUUCUCCCAAUCAACCUGCAACCCAAGCUGAGCCAUCACUGGAUGAUAUCACUUCUGAACUCGUCUCACCGGUAGCUUCAGCUUCUCUAACAAGCCCUGUUGAGAUGCCACUGGAUGAUGUUUUUUUGAACAUCGUCUCACCUAUGAUUUCAACCAAAACUAUCCUUACGAAUCCACUAGAAGCACCAAUAGAGCCGUUGGUUGAUGCUAAUCUCUCUAAGUCUUCUCGUCAAGGUGCUUGGGCAAAACCUUUGUCGAUCCUUGCAACUAGGCAGUUAGGGAAAGAGGUUGUUCGGGAAAGCCUCACGGCUUCUCAAAAACAGAUGGAUAGAAUGGAAGAUAAUCUCCGGUUCCCUUGGGCGGCUAAGAUGGAUCCAGCUUCCAGAAAUCUCUACAGAGCAUUGGAGCCUGAGUAUUUACCUGAUGGAACUCCUAAGGUAACUAUUCCCCAACAUGUUCUGUUACAAGGGUUAGAGAAUCAGAAAGAAUACAUUUUAGGACAGUUCUAUAGGUGCUUGCCGCCUCCUGGUGGUCUAAUUUUUGCUGUCUUCAAUAAGUUAUGGGGACGGAAAUGUAGAAUCACCAUUAGGAAGUUAGGUGAAUCAAGCUAUCUUUUCCAUAUCCCUGAUGAAUCAACUAGGUCAUGGGUUAUACAAAGGGGUCUCUGGCAUGUUGAUGAUUGUCUUAUGUUUGUAGCUUCAUGGACUCCUGAAGCAACUUUAGCUAUCCCCGAGAUCAAAACUAUUCCAGUUUGGGUAAAUUUAAAAAAUAUACCCAACAGUUUAUAUUCAAUUGCGGGCAUAAGCCAUAUAGCUUCGGGUUUAGGUGCUCCUAUGGCAACUCAUAAACCUAGGCUAGAUCCUAUUCUUAUGGGUGAGGCCAAGAUUCUAGUUGAGGUUGAGUUAAGCAAAGCCUUUCCAACCAAGAUCGCUGCUAGUGAUAUAACUGGUUUUAUCUCUAUUGUGGAUGUAGAAUAUGCAUGGUUGCCUACUAUAUGUAGUACUUGUGGUCAGUUGGGUCACAAGAACAAGCGUUGCUUACGUGAAGUAAUGGUUUCACAAGUGAAUGCUGCUACUAUCACUGAGGUUACCAUUGGAAAGGAUGUAGAGGUUGGCAAUGGCAGUGCACCUAGCUCAGCCCAAGUUGCUACUUUCCAUUCCACCACUCCUAUUCCGGUUUCAAGCAUGAAGGUACCUAUUGCUAGCACCUAUCUCGUACCAGCCAAAGAGUCAUUAUCAUCUGAUCAAACAACUUCUACUAUGGUAGAAGAGCAUACUAUCUCAGCAAAUGUCUCAACCAUUGAGAAAGUACCAACUUCAACAACUUUUGUAUCUAUUGAGUCUCCUCUUCAGAGAACUGCACAAAUUUCAUCAGUCACAGCUCAUGCUCAUGCAAAUGCUACUGUCCACAGGGAGAGGGCUAAAUCUGCUGAUCAUAAUCUUGGUUCUAAUCAGUUUGCGUCAUUGGUUUCUUCGGAUGAGGAAGAAGAUUUGUCCGAUUCAGACAACGAAUCUGAUUCAAUGGAUCUUAUGACUCCUUCGGGUAAAAGAAUCCUACGAGAGAGGCCGGUUAAACCUUCAACAAAGGCUAAGGAGAUGCAUGGACAAACCACAUGUCGUGGAAGGGGCAGAGGCCGUGGAAAACGAGGUGGUCGUGGCUAAUUGUCUCCUAUAGCCUAGCGACUAAGUCAAUCGAAGUGGAUGUUUCGAUUGUAGUUGUGCAUUGAAUGUACCCUUUCUUUAUACUUCUUGUAGCUUUUGAAAAACUGCAUGACUUUAUUGUCAUGGCCUUAACUGGUUUCUUAAUAAAAAAAAAAAAAAAAA